UUGUUAUUUGGUUCCGAAAGUGGUUGUGCAAAUAAAGGGAAGUACGCAUAAGGCAACUCGAGCAAUUGGUUCAUUUUUCAACUUGUUCUUUCCUUCCUUUCCUCCAUCCUGCGCUGCCCCCCAAACUCCUCUAUAUUCAACUGUUUUUUCAAACAACACUUCUAGAUUCUGAUCACCGUUGUCAAGUAGACAAUAACCCUUUUCGAUUUUACACACGGGUUUUUUCAAGACGGCCAACCUGCGCGCUCCAACCCACACCACCGUUUCGCCUUCGAGCUCAAUCAGCGUCCGGAACGGUGCACAAAGGAUGGCAAACCCUUCUUCAUCCCACCAUGAGCGUGACCGCGAACGUGAACGUGAACGAGAGCACCGUCACCGCUCUGAGCGAGAGCGACACCACCAUCACCGAACCAUUUCUUCAACAACCCUUCUCCUCGUUCUCUCCCUAGUCCUUGCAGUCCUCGCUGUCAUGCUUUCGCUACCCGCAUCCAGUAGUGCAAGCGCGAAGGCAGCGGGAGCAGAAGACCCUGCUGCAUCUGGACUCUGGGGUUAUCUGACUCCCAAACGAUCGCAAGCUCUCGUAGCUCGUGAGGGCAAUGUUGCUGCGCGUGAAGCUGAGGUAGCUCGUCGUGAGGCAGAGCUUCUCGUUGGCGCACCGGGUGGUGUGCUCCCUACCCAAUCCCCAGUCGUUUGCCCUCUCUGCCCCACCGCCACGAUCGUAGAUUUCGCGCCUGCACAGACUAUCAUCAAAGAAGUCGUGAAGGAAGCAGACCUUGCACCUCCCGGUUGGUGGAAAGAGGCUAACGCCCGCGCCGAAGAUAUUCUGGACCGCGAGCUGAGGGUUAGCGAACGUGAACGCGAGAUUACUCGUCGCGAGGAGAGUGUGAACAGGAGAGAGCACGACUCUUCCAGACGCGAGGCUUGGAUAAUGGAACAGCUUGUUCUCAUCAACAACGAUGGAGCUUCCCUCGAGGAAGAAGUUUUCUAUGAGCCUGCUGGUGGCAAGCGGAAACUCAAGGAGCUUCCACCUAUGUUAAUCGCUGAAACUGAAACAAAAACCAUCAUCCAAUAUGAAACGUUGCCUGCCUCGACUGUCACGGUUCCCCCACCUGCUAAUACCCGUUUUGCUGCAUUCCCUACGCCUGAAGCCUUUUCGUCAUCUUACACCACUCAGAUUCCUAGAACCACAGCCAUCACUGUCGAAGAAGAGAUUAUUCGGGAGCCUCUGCGGCUUGAGGAGAUGGAUGAGUACGAGGUGGAAGAGUAUGAAGAUGAUGAUGUGAGAGAAGUCACAAUGCGUCGCAAUGCCCGGCCGACCCGGCGACCGCCACCGAAUUCACGUGGCUGGUUGUGGUAGUUGGACCUUUUCUCUUCUUUAUUUCUUUCACCAGCUGCUUCAUCUUUAUUCUUGUUUACUGGUUCUUCUUCAGCGCAGCUUGGUUUUUCGUACGACCCCACUCUACUUCAGCCUUGCCAUCUCCCUUUGUACACCUUACACGAUAACUCACGGUUCACGGACUGCGUUUGACACGUACGGAUUGAGACGGCCUAUGACAUGACGAUUGCUUUCUUGAGUAUGUAGAAAUAGGUUACGCUAGGAUCGUUUGAGUACUUACUUAUGGCCUCUGCCGUUGGAAAUAUACAAUAUAACGGCGGGCCUUCGCUGUGCAUACUUUC